AUGGACGAAGAACCAGGUUCCCAAAUGGGACGACCGGCUUCAUCAAUACUAUCUCCGAGUCGCCCCCAAGGCAGCGUCAAGGGCUGGUACAAUUUGACUGCCUGGGUAGUCAAUGUCACGCGCUAUGCGCCGUUUGUCGAAGAUUUCGUUCGAGCCGGCCCGCGCAUGUUUACAAAGCUCGGCUCCUACAUGGCAUUGCCAGAGUCUUUGGCCGCUUCAGCCCAGGAAAUUGAAUCCGAAACGACCGAUGCCGACCUCCUACACCCCAUUCUCAACAACCAGAAUCUUCGCAACAUGUUGGAGUUGAACCCUACAGUUUCGUAUCCUCACAACAGCGGACAAGACGAUCCCGCGGCAAGGGCGCCGCACCUCUCUCUGGACGGAACCCGUGGAUUGGGGAGCGUGUUCAGUUAUGUUACCAGCAAAUGGGCACUCUCCUGUAUUGCCAUGGCUAUCGUGCUAAACCGCACCCACAUGUUUGCUGCCACGAGACGCCGCCUGCAUUUAAGGUGGCACACCAGGCUCCUGCUCCGGUUAGCACCAACUGUUUUGCUAUUGACGCAAGCUUGCCGUCUGCUGCAGUCAAUCCAAUGUCAGACCUCGCCAGAUUUUUCUCGACUGCGAUGGGGAGACCCGACGAGACGUUCCGAUCUCUUGUUCGCACAUCCAAGCAACUUGCUCAAUGCUCUGGGGUCAACGCUCCUCCUGGGUGCCACGGAUGAGCAAUCCUGUGCUGCCGUCGGUAUGACAGCAAUGAAUUCUCCGGGAAAGGGACACCAACUCCAAGGAUCCCUAUCACUGCUGUGGCCACUCUUUGGCAGCCUGUGUUUGAGCCACUUUCUUGAGACGGUCUCGUGUGCGGUGCAAGGCCGCCCUAUUGUGGCGGAGACAGGGAUGACCCUCUUCGAGCAGUCACUGGCUUUUGCCGAAGCCGACGCUACCGUCAGCAACCAAAUCGGGUGGGGAGAGUCGACAAAGCUCGGAGGCGUUGUUGCGCUUACCCGGGCCGUGAUCCUUAAAAGGGCCAAUACCUCUCCAGAAGUGCUGCUGGUGGCCUUCCUGUCGACCAUGACACACAUCACGAGUCAGGUUCUCGGGAUAUUUGACCUUCAGGCCAAAUUCCGGCUCCUAAACACCGGAUUCUGGGGACUUUGUUUCAUGGCAAGCAUCAUCUGGAGUGUAUUUUGCUUCGAGCUGGGGAAUCCUUCGGCCCAAGACUUAUUACGAUUUCCAACCGUUUGCAUCAUCGGGUUCGUUCCCCAUGUUCUCGUCUUGCUAGGCAUCAUCAUGUGCCUCGGCAUCUACGGCUUGGCCCUAGUACUCUCCGCUCUAUCCCCGCCAGUGGACCCGCGAUGGUCUUCUAUGACCCUUCGCCAAAGGCUGGUGCAUGCACAUAGCAACAUGCAAGCCAACGUCUCCGUCUCGGAUAUACGGAUCACAAGAGAAAUGGACUUUUACACUGCAUUGCUGAGAACCGGGUUUGCCGCCAUCACCAUGGCCAGCCAGGCCGUCUACCUGAACGAGGACCGAGGCGUCAGCAUGCAGCGCCAUACCUGGCUCGAAGAAGCUCGCUUCCGCGAGAUGGAAGAGUUCGAAAGGCAGUGCGUAGGGAUCGGCCUAGCGAAUUCGCACCACGGCCAGAUUGGCACCAUUGGGCUCAUUCCGGUCAAGGGAGGAUCGGCUGCGGCAUCAAGCGGGUACGCACGGGAGCGUGCGGCGCAGAAGUUACCCAAGGGCCGCCGCGAACGGGGCUUGGGUGCCGGGACCGGUGCAGCGGAAAGAACGUCGAGGUGGCUGAUGGCAAUCGAGUUUCUGUUGAGCAUUAGCAACCUGGUGGCGAGGAUCGGAGCCUUGUGCGUUCUUUGGUCCAUGGGAAUGGUGCGCAUCCAAUGCCGGCCGGCCUGGCUGCUAUGGCUUGCCCGCCGACGCAAGCCAACUGAUGACGACAGCGAGUCGGCAGCGGUACGAGAAGGCGAAGCCGGGAGUGCAUGGCGGCGACCCACCUCCUUUGAUGGGAGCGGGCUGAUCCCGACAGUCGAGGGAGUUGACGUGGAGGCAGAAUUUCGGCGAGUUGCCGACUUUGACGACGAGGACGGGCUAGACAACGAGCUGUACAGAUAUUGGCUGAAGGGAGGAUGGUGGGGUUCCAGCGAUGCCAGCGGCGAUUUCCAACCUCAAUCAGCCGAUUUCGAUUGGGACAAUACCAGCGUCGUCUCCCGGCUGAGCGUUGACAGUGAUGGAGAAUCCAGGGAGGACGAGUGGGGGUCAGAAGAUGGGCAGAGUACGCCGACGCGGCAUUCGCAGCAUUUGUCUCACGCCGGCAAAUCAUUCAUUUUCGACACGCCCCUGGACAUGGUUUCCCUCGCUCGACUGUUGCAGCCGGCAACUCGCGAGGAACGAGAGGAGGCGGCAACGUUGGCCGCUCACCUUCAGAGUAGCGUGGUGAUGACGAGGGCCGCCUUUCAACGAUCCAAGCACCUGCAGCGAUCCCGUGUCCUGACUACAAUAGGUGUACGCCCGUCGCAAACUGCAGAGCCCGGCCGCAACACGAGACUGGACGUCGACGAGGAGGAGGAUCUGCUGGAGCAACUCCUAUUGUCACGCCGCCGUGCCCCUCUUGGAGCUCUGGGCACGGGUCCAUCCAGCGUCAGGCAUGGAGGCAGCGAGGAUGGUGCCGUCGUCACCGACAGCCCCCCUUGUGUGCCGAAUUUACGUCCCCUGAAUGAAUCAAGGGCAGCAGCCAGUGGCCACGCGGCGGCAUGGCACACGAUCGGCGUCCUCGCGCGAGAGGUUAUUUUGCAGGCUUGGACGUAUCUCCUCGCCGGAAUCAGCACAGCGACCGCUGUCGUUUGGAAAUUCUACGAGCGAGUCGCAUCUGGUUGGCAGAUACCAUGA